CGGUCGAAACAAUGCGAUCGAGCUUUGAAUGAUUCUUCACUCGUUUGUGUCAAAUUCAACCCUUGGGUUUCUCUCUUUAUUAUCUCUUUCUAACUGUUCAAAUUCUAAGUUAGAUUCCAAUUCUUGUGAACCAUCUCAAAUCGAUGCAAAUGUAAAUGUACGUGAAUGUUGUCUUGUUCUGUUUCGAUUUAGAUCCAGAUUCAUGGGGAUUUGCUUCAGCAUUGAAGAACAAAAGCACGUCUCCGUCUCUGAUUCAAAUUCAAAGCAUAAUAAAUCUUCAGGAUUAGUAGGACAUGAAUCUGGUGCAUCAACAACUCCAUUAGGUUCAAGUUCGAUGAAUAUCAAAGAUCUCCGCCAAAGUGCUGUACACAGCAAUGUUGAUAUUUUUACGUAUGAGGAGCUGAGGCUAGCUACCAAACACUUUCGUCCCGAUUUCAUUUUGGGAGAGGGUGGCUUUGGAGUUGUGUAUAAAGGAGUCAUAGAUGAUAGUGUCAGGUCAGGUUACAAUUCCACUGAAGUUGCCAUUAAGGAGCUAAAUCGCGAAGGCUUUCAAGGCGAUAGGGAAUGGCUCGCUGAAGUUAAUUAUUUAGGUCAAUUCAGUCACCCGAAUCUUGUGAAGCUCAUUGGAUACUGCUGCGAGGAUGAUUACCGGUUAUUGGUCUAUGAAUACAUGGCAAGUGGGAGCUUGGAGAAACAUCUUUUUCGCAGAGUGGGCUCAACAUUGACUUGGUCAAAAAGAAUGAAGAUUGCUUUACAUGCUGCAAAAGGGCUUGCUUUUCUUCAUGGUGCAGAAAGGCCCAUCAUAUAUCGUGACUUCAAGACGUCAAAUAUCUUGCUAGAUGCGGAUUUCAAUGCAAAGCUUUCAGACUUUGGCCUUGCGAAGGAUGGACCGAUGGGGGAUCAAACCCAUGUUUCAACACGAGUAAUGGGUACAUAUGGAUAUGCUGCUCCUGAGUAUGUCAUGACUGGGCAUUUGACAGCUCGAAGCGAUGUAUAUGGUUUUGGGGUGGUGCUACUUGAAUUGCUUAUUGGUAGGAGAGCAUUAGACAAAAGCAGGCCCAGCCGAGAGCACAACUUAGUUGAGUGGGCACGCCCUUUAUUGAAUCAUAAUAAAAAACUACUGAAAAUUUUAGACCCAAAAAUAGAAGGGCAAUAUUCAACUAAAAGUGCAAUAAAGGUAGCCCAUUUAGCAUACCAAUGUCUUAGCCAAAACCCAAAAGGCAGACCUCUCAUGAGUCAGGUUGUUGAAAUUCUCGAAAACUUUCAGUCAAAGGGGGAAAAUGAGGAAGAACAAGUGUUUCAAAGUGGCCGUAGCAGCAUAACCAUUUAUGAGGUUCCAAGGGGCAACAAUGACACUACAACUGAGGGCUAAAACCAAACUAUAAAUGACGAUGUUUAUAGGAGCGAAGAAAGACGAGAAAAAAACAGAAGCCAGCCUUCAAAUGAUUAUUAUUUAUAUAGUCCCUCACCAGAUCAGUCAGCUUCUUCUAGAAGUUGAGUUUCACCAUUAUGGAUGGGAAUUGAAAUUUGUACUAAAAAAUGUUAAUUGGUGGAUCCGGUUGGUGUUUCCGGAUGUUUGUCUGCUUUUGGCGGAACUUGGCGAAGGCAAUUGUGUAGCUUAUCCUUUUCUCCUCUUUUAUUCUUUCCUCAAUUUAAAUCAUCAGAA